UUUGACUUUUGGUCAUUGGUUUUCUGUGGUCUGUGAAAAAAUAAAAAUGUCAACCAGAGUAAUAAUAAGACUUUAAAUUAUUUUAUGUACGUCGAAUAUUGAUUAAAUUUUAAGCGAGCAAUGUGUUAAUAAACAUCUUAGUGGUAGAAACCGUCAAGAUGUUCUCGUUCGGGAGGCAGCGGGUCUUACAUAAGUGUCUGAAGAUUUUGAGGUUAACAGUAGUUGAUUUUACCAGUCUUCCCGAUAUAAAAAAGCUGAACCUGGUGAGGACAGUGGAGAAGACCAUAGAUAACAAUACGAGUAUAUUCAUCGAAAGCCCCAUCCAUGUUAAAGUGCAACCAAUCGAUGUGAACGAUUUGACGGCGCACAACAAAUUAACUAUGACUCUGUAUAGUCAAGGUAAAGACACUAAUGAUUUCCAAUUGAAACAAACUUCGAAACGUCUAGAACUACUCAAUAAAAACACUACGCCCGAUAUUAACGACGUAUGCCUAAUACAGGUUCCAUAUAAACUCAAAGUACAGGUCACAACUACGGACGAAGCGUCAGUGCAUUUAGGCAAUUUAGAAGCCGAAGAAUUUGUAAUAAAAACCCAAAAAGGGGCUGUAAAAGUCGGUGACUUGAAGGCAGAUAACAUUAAAGUGGAGACAGCGUCAGGUAAUGUAGAAACAGUGGGUAGAUUGCAAGCUAGCAACAUAGAACUGAAAACAGGCAUGAAUGGAGGUAUUAAGUGUAAUAACAUAAUGGCAAAUAACUUCAUUGUUGUCUCACACGGUGGACACAUUUCUGUGAAGUCAUGUUAUAGCGACAACUCACAUUUCACAACUCUAAUGGGCAACAUAAAGUUGGAUCAUAUGCACAGAUCUGUAAAAAUCGACGUCAUACAAAAAGGUAACUUACGUAUGACAGGGUUCUCUGGCAAUUUGGAAGCGUCACUCAAAAGCGGUGAUGUAUUUAUGCAUGUGUCACAAUUGACAGACAAAAGCAGUAUUUUUAUUCACGAGAAGGGAGCAGUAGAACUGCUGAUGCCUGACAUAGUUAAGAACUUGCCAACCACUAACUUGAUAGCGGAAAAGAUUAAAGUAGUGGAGAGCAUACUGAAACUGGGAAGGUUUAUGGAUGACUCCACUUCAAAGAGGUUUCGCUAUGAAAAGGAUCCACAACAUGAGUUAAAUAUAGUGUGUAAGAAUGGUUCCAUUGAUAUAAAAGAAACUGACUUACCAUUUAUUGUCUAGAUGAUUUAAAAUGUUUAAAGGAUUUUAGAUGCUUGUUAUUGAAUAUAAAGCCCUUAUGCGAAGAGCAUAACAUAGUGGCAGAAAUGUAUCUUGUUUAGUAGAAAGAUGAAAGUAAGACAAAAAAAAAACAAAACUGUUAAUGUUGUAGUUAUGGUAAAAUUAUUUUUGGUAAUCUUUUUGUAAAGUGUUUGGAUGUACACUAGUAAACAGCUGCAAUGUUCUAUAUUUUUUCUGAUGAAUGCAUCCAUGUGAAACAUUUAACAUGUUGAAUGUAAACAAAUGUGUAAUGUUAUUCUUAGAAAGGAGGAUUUGUUAUAAUAUAAAUCUUACAAAAGUUUUAUAACAUGUUCUUUACUUAUUUAAAUCAAAACUAAAAACAUAGAGGUCAGUGUUUUACUAUUGUAUUUAUUGUGAAAACAGCAUUUAUUACAUAUUUAUUAUUACAGUAAAUGUCUAUAUAUCAUACAAUAAAACAAUUUGUAAUUAUUGAUUAAAAUGUUACUUAGCAAAAGUUUGUGAAGUGCAAUGAAUAACAAUAUUUUUUUUGCUAUUAUCAUGAAAUUGUGACAAAUCUGUAUGCCUCGUAGCUAGUUACCACCCUACCGGCAAAGAUGUACCGCCAAGCGAUUUAGCGUUCCGGUAUGAUGCCGUGUAGAAACCGAAAGGGGUGUGGAUUUUCAUCCUCCUCCUUACAAGUUAGCCCGCUUCCAUCUAAGACUACAUCAUCACUUACCAUCAGGUGAGAUUGUAGUCAAGGGCUAACUUGUAAACAAUAAAAAAAAAAAAAAAAACAACCAGGCAUACCCCCAUAUAAAUUGCCAGUGUACCAAAGCGGCAAAGUAACAUUUGAAGCUGUAUAUAUUUUUUUGUGUUAUUAUUUUCUGUUUCCAACAAGCUUAAUUAACAAACAAGAAAACAAACAAACAAACCAAUCAUAAGUCUUCAAAAAAAAAUUACAUAAAAUGUUGUAGCAGACUUAUCAAGAUUUUUUAUACAUAUAAGUAAAUUGCCAGGUGGUAAGAGUUGGCCUGGGCCAGGAUGGGCAUUCCCUUUUAAGUGAAUAAUGUCAAGGUAUUUGAGAUGCUAUGAAGGUAACAAACUUGGAGGGUAUUUUAACUAACAACACAGUCAGGUUUUCACGGGAAAGAGUAAAAUAUUUUUUUAUUAUUUUUUCAAUACAUUAUAAUUGUACUCUUUAGUAAUAUAAAAUUAUUUGAUGUAACUUUAUGCCAAAUUAUUGAUAUUUCAAGCCAAAUUGUGAGUUAAUUAAAAAGACAUAUCACAUGUGUAUAAAUCAAUUAAUAAUGAACAAAACAUACAAGUAUAUUUAUAUGUGUGCAAUAAAAUGUCAUUUUAAUUUGUAAAAAAUUGAAAAAUUAUGUUUAGAUUUCUAUGAUGCUGUUGCAUUUACAAGCAUACGAGUACAUUAACCAAUUACUUUAUAUCAAUGUAAAAUAAUGCUAUAAGUGUUUUGUAAAUUUUAAUAGCAAUAUAUUAUUAAAUUUACUUAUAUUAAUUAAUUUAUUAGUUUUAAACUUUAUAGUUCCUCAAUAAAUUUAGUUUGGUCAUACUUAGCCUAACAUUGAUUAGUGAUUCCAAGUACUAAGAUCAAAAAUUAAAAUGAAGUUUUAUGACAUAUUAUUGUGAAAAUAAAAAAAUUUAAAUACAGUAUUUUCUUGGAUUACAAGAGUAUGCGGCUUAGUGUUUUUCAGAUAGCAUGGGUACGGUGACAAUUGUCUUAUGACGUUCAUAAUACGUACUAUUAUCGUGAAUCGCGGAAAACUUUCAAGAGUGAAACGAACUGUCACUGUGCCCAUGCUAUUUUUUAAAUAAGGUUCAUAAAUUUAAAUUAAUAAUGGAAAUGGUAAUGGUUUCGCUGAUGAUUCUUGUUUAUUAUAACGCACAGCUUAUGAGAUUAGUAAAUUAUGAAAAAUGUAUAAUUGAAAGGUAGAAUACUCCAAUAUUUUUUUUAGGGAUAUGUUAUUUAUGAAGGGUAGAAGUAAGGAAAACCAUAAAUGUGUAGAUUUUGUUUGAAAAUUAUAAAUUAUUAUUGUAAAUUUAAAUCCAACUAGAAUGCCACCAAUGGCAAACAAUUGAAGUAAUUCUACCCUGCAUAGUUUAUUAAUAGAACUUAGUGAAAAAAAAAUAAUAAUUGAGGGUAGAACUAAUGGAACAAAAGCCUGCUAUAGUCAGGCCUUUUUAUAUUGUGUAAAAGAUGAAGACUGCCUCAUUGGUCGCGUGGUUCAGCUAGAGACAAUGAGGUCCAGGGUUCAAAUCCUGGGACAGGUCAACAAAAAAAAAAUCCUAAUAACAGCCUGGAGUUGGGAAGUUGGCGGUGUUAGUACAGCGCCGUGUCUCGUAGAGCACGUAAAGCCGUCGGUCCUGCGCCUGAUCUCUCACCGGUCGUGUCGGUUUGCCGUCCCAACGGAUUUCGAGAGUGAGGGAUGAGAGAGUGCACCUGUGCUUGCGCACACACUUGUGCACUAAAAUAUCUCUGGCGUACGUGGUUAAUCUCACCAUGAGAUUAGCCGUGAUCGAAAAGUCGGUCGGGAGCAUAUUAUUACUAUUAUUAAAAGCUGAAAGUUUUUCAAUUCAUGCUCCUAUUAAUGUAUAAUGGUAGGCAAAUAUUUAUUGGCAUUGGGAGGUAGCAGGUUUUAAGGGUAUAGAUUCUUACUGUCCAAAUAAAACACGAUUUUUUUAUAUUUUCUACAGAAUGUCAGGAUAUAAUUUGUUAGUUGUCACAAGUCACUAGACAUUCAGCUUCAGUCUGCCUAGUGGGGGUUUUCAAUAUUUUCAUACUGUUACUAUCGCGUUGACGUAAACUCGAAUUUAUAUGGAAUUGGAACAGUUGUGCAGUAGUGCCACUAGAUGGCGCUGUUUCAAUACCUUUGAAAUUUGCGUUUACUUUAACGCGAUAGUAACCGUAUCAAACUGCCACUAGGCCCUAAUGUCCCAAAUGAUAUUUAAUUUACCGCCUCUCGACGUAUAUUUUCAUACUGAGAUGAUUUUCCUUGCACUCUACCGUCCCUAUAAUUAAGUAUGUUAAAUAUUAUAUUUAUAAUAUAUAAAGUUACUGGUAUAUAACUCAGUUGCCAGUUUACUCUAUUUUUGCUUAGUGUUUCUGUAGUGUGCUUGCACUGCCUAGUCUAUGCAUUUUUGUUUUAUCAAAAACGUACGUUUUAUGAUAAACAGAAAAGUAUUAAUUGAUACUGUUAGUUGAAUUGCUAUUUUUGAUGUUGGUAAAUAUUCAUGUAAUUUGCAUUUAAGUAGUAGACAUUUUAUUUAUUUAGUGUUUAAAUAAUAUUCAUAGUAAGUAGGAUAGCCUGAGAAAGAUGAAACCUGCAUUGAGGGCGCCACUAAUGCUUUUCAUCUCCUCCCAGAUGAUAAAUCCGGGUGUGGGUAUGGGCCUCGAAGCUUGGUCUCCUUGCCCAGGUAAGGCGCGGGGUCUUGCUCCCCCGGUCAUUUUCAAUUUUCAAGAAAAGUACAGCACAAUAUGAUAUUUUUUUUUAAAUGGAAACUUUGUAAAUCUUUUUUUUAGGCUUUCUAUUGGUAUAGAUAAGUUUCAUAAAGGCCAAAUAACGUUAACCCUAUUAACUACAUCAAAAUAGGUAGGUACCAAAAAAAAAAACGAAAUUCUGUGAAUUUUUUUUUAUUCAUCAAUUGUUUUUAUUAAUAUCUAAUUAUAAUUAACCGAUUAAUUUUAAUUCAAUAAUGAGUCGCCAAAUGUAUGCAAUCUUCUAAUUGAGAAGAUAACAGCUAUGAGGAUGAUGAUGAUCAUAUAAAUCCGAAUGUGAGUUUGUUUAUUACGCUUUCAGACCUAAACCAAAAAACUGUUUUUUAAAAUUCUUUCACCAAUGGAAAGCUACAUUAUCAACGAGUAAAUUAUCAGGAACGGAAACUAGAAAUGCGGGACCGUGUGCUAGUGAUAAAAAGCUUUUUUUACAUAUCCGGGGCUCUUAAGCAUAACCUUAUUCGGUGCGAAGAAUAGGAAUCAUAAUGGAUGGAUUGAUAUUAUCGUAACGUCGCUUUGUUGAAAUGUUACAUAAUCGAAAAAAGGAAAAAUCACUGCCACUUGAUGUAAGUACUUACUAUAAGUGGCUCGUGUUGUGUUUCGUCCUGCUUGUCAUAGUCAAUAGUAAUUAAUAGUAUAAGAUCUGGCAUUAGAAAUAUAUACUCCCAUCUGUUAUUUAUUAGUGACAAGAAAUAAAUGAUAGGUAAUAUUCACAGUGACACAUUGCAAAUAGGUUGCCUAAUUAAAAUGCGGCCAGAGUGCCAGACUCAUUUUUCAUAUCUUAUAAACCAUAGGCAAUCUAAUAAAUAAAAUAGGCAGUUAGAUUAAGUUUUAAUUUAAUUGACUAAAUAAUUAAUGAGGGUAUUUAUAUAAUAAUACUUAACUGUUUUUGACUGUCAACCCCACAGUUGCAGUGUAAAAGCAGGCAACUAUUACAUUGAAUUUGAAUUUAUAUGUCAAUGUGAAUAUUUUCUAUCGUUUAUUUCACCAAAUAAAUAACAGAUGAGGGUAUACAUUUCUUAUGUCUGAUCUUGUACUAUAAUUAUUAUCAAAUUAAAUUAGAACUUGUACUUGAAAAUAUUCACAGUUAUUUUUUUUAAAUUAAGUCAUGCAUUUUUUCAUGUGACUUUGAAAUAUUUUGUACUGAGCUUAGUUAUAGUUUUGCAUGUGCCAGAAGGUGAUCUGCAGUAACCUUAGACCGUUAUUAAUGGUCUAAGGCUGUAACGUAUGAUGGCAUAUGAACUGUUAUGUUGUUAUUGAUUAUGAUAUUCGUAAAUAUAAAGAUUGUUAUUGUAUAACUCAAAAAUCAUAAUAUUAUUACAUUUAUUAUGUUAAAAAUAAAAUAAAAGUAGUCUGAAUUCGAA